AUGAAUACCAAAACGGCCUCCACACCGGACGGAGUUGAAUUUCAGCAGCGGGUAGAAAAUGACGAAGCAGAAAAGGUAAAGCGCGUUUCAAGCGCCGUAAAGUUUCUUCAUGACCCACGGGUUCGACACACACCAAUCGCCAAUAAGGUGCAGUUCCUCAGGUCCAAGGGCCUGAGUACUGAUGAGGUGUGUGAGGCUUUUGGAAAAGCUGGACAGUCGAAUUUAAUUGAAGAAGUCAAAAGAAUAAUGAGUCAGCAACUGCCUGAUACUUCGCUACGAAAUUCUGGGAACUCACAGAUCUCUUCAAGGUAUGAGAUUGGCGAUGCGACUAAUUUGCCGCCGCGUCAGAAUUAUCUCUCAACUCAUGUGGGACCACUUUAUGCUCCUCAGCCACCUCCAUUUCCCCAAACACAUAAUGAAGCGAAAGAAGUAGAUUGGAGGGAUUAUGUUAUUGGUAUUGGUGCGGCAUUAAUAGGUGGUUUUGCUGCGUUCAAGGCAUUUCAAAUCUACUCACCUUAUGAAAUUCGACGCAAGGAUGAUAAAAUAAGGUUAAAUCAUAGAUAUGAAACCGGGACACGACGCAAGAGGGGCGGAAAACGUGUUUCUUCGGAAAGUGAUGAUGAAUAUUCGAAACCAUCCCGUGAUAUGGCAACGGUUCCUGUACCUGCAACACCUUUACCUAAUGCCCCAACUACAGGUGGUAAUCAGGAAGAAAUCGCGAAACUACAAGCAGAGCUAAAGGAAACUCAGGAAGCUCUAGAAAAGGAGAAGAAAAGUAAGGCGGAACUUUCAGUUACUCUUGGAAAACUGCGUGGUCAGUUAAAUACACAAUCAAGAACAAACGAGAAACACGAAUUAAAAAUCAAAAGUCUUCAAGAAGAAAUUGAGAGGUUAAAUAAAGAAAGUUGUAAUGAAAAUGAAGUGAAUAAAACAGUGGAUGAUGUUGCAAGUGCAACAAACAUUCUCGAGACAAAUGAAGAUGUUGAGAAGGGGGAAUCUCUUCCUCGACCAUCAACACCUCCUGCCACGGAUCCGAGUUCUGCUGAACAACAACAAGAUUCACUACCUGUUUUGCAUGCGACGGAUUAUGAUGAUGGUAAUUAG